AUGUUUCUCACAUUUGAAUCUUCUCAAGCCAACAAGACCGGUCUCCGUAACCCAAAGAAGCAAAUCAGUCCCACGUCAAUAACAACAAGACGAAGCGAGCGACUCAACAGACGCCGCACCACGCCACGAGCGUGCACAUCAUGUCGUCAACGGAAAAUAAGAUGCGACGGCGAAAAGCCCUGUGAAGCUUGUCGGUGGUACAAAAAGGCCGAAUUAUGUUCUUAUCCCGAACGGGAACGGGGGAUGGGGAGAGAAAGGAAUAGUCAAGAAGAGCCGGCACACUCAUCAUCCGACUAUCGAAAAGCAUUGGAGAGGUUAUUUCCGGAAACUGCGCCGGAGAAUAUUGUUCAUUUAUCAAGGGAGAAAUUGCUGGGCUUGAUAUCAAAGAGUUCAGCUGCAGGAUCGCAGCAUCAUGAUUCAAUGACAAUUGCUACUUCAGCAUCUGUAGAGACACGCCAUUCAACAUUGUCGAUUGAAAGGCCAGCUGGGCUGGAGUCUCUACAUUCUAUACCGGGGGAACAGCAGAAACGAAUCCACCUUGACGAUGAAACGCAAUGUAUCGACGGUUCUGAAGAGGAGUCUAUUGAACAUAUAUCCGACGACGUCAAUGCAUUAUCUCUACCGGCUCGAAAUCUCACUUCGUACCUGGGUGUAUCGUCGAUUCAAGCUGCUUUGAAAGUCAUUGCGUGGCUCCAUCCAGAAUUGGACUCGCAUCUUUCGCGCCUCUCUUCCAAAGACCAGCGUCGUCAGCAUCAUCGUCAUCAAGAACAACCCGGCGUCUUACCUACAGAAGAGCAAAUGCUAGAUGCCUACUUUACCAAUUUCCAGUCCUUUGCACCACUCAUAGAUGAAGACACCAUUCGCUCGACAUUUCUGUCCAACCGCCGAAAGGACGACAAAUGGUUAGCGUUACUCAACAUCAUCUUCGCAUUGGGCAGCAUCACAGCUGCAGGUGUGGAUAACCACAACCAUCGAACAUACUACGAACGCUCAAAAAGCUAUUUGAACAUCAACACGCUGGGUAAUCCCAGUCUCGAAGUCGUUCAAACCCUAGGGCUUAUGGGUGGCUGGUAUUGUCACUACAUCAGCCAGCCGAAUCUUGCAUAUGCGCUCAUGGGUGCAUCGUUGCGGAUGGCGGUUACUCUGGGUCUGCAACGGGAACCCCCUUUGGAUAGAAACCUGCCUGUGAUUGGAACCGGGUAUCAGGAAUUUAAGCGUCGGGUUUGGUGGUCUCUUUGUUGUCUAGAGACGUGGGGUCAUGAAACGCUUGGUAGACCGAGUAUGGAUUUCUUUAGUCCAAGCAUUACGGUCAAUCUGCCUCGGGUGCUUGAUAAGGAAAACUACAUCAAAAUCCUCCCCCUAAUCGAAAACGUGCACUUCAUACGCCUCGCUUCUAAAAUCCAAGACUCGCUCGCCGCACUACCAACCAAAACAUACUCGGAAAUGCUAACCCUAGACUCUCAACUCGUAGCAUGGUGGAACAAUCUCCCUCCCGUCCUGAAGGAUUGCUCGCCUUGCCCAGAGUCCAUCUGGCCGGUACGAACAGUUAUGCGUUGGCGAUUCUAUAAUCAGCGUAUCCUCCUCUAUCGUCCCUCGUUACUCAACUAUGCCAUGCGACAGAUCCCGUUUGUGGCAGUGAGAGAUGAGGAGAGAGUGGUGGUUCAACGGUGUUGUGAGAUUGCCAAGAUGGCGAUUGAGGAUAUUUCGGGUACGACGACUUCGACGAUCGGGAUGAAUCAGAUGAUUGCGUGGAAUGCGGUUUGGUUAGUUUUUCAGGCUACUAUGGUUCCGUUGAUUUUCUUGUCUACUUGUUCUACCGCUGCUGCUGCGACACAAGAUGAUGGGGAGGUUGAAAGUUGUAAAGUGCAGGUUCAGACUGCUAUAUCAACUCUGGAUCGUAUGAGGGUGUAUGGACAUACAGCCGAGAGAUCCCUGGAAAUGAUUUCGGCUAUUCUGGAUACUGUUUUGGGUAUUUCUACUGUGAGAGCCUAUAAUUCAGCAGGUCUCAAUGAAAACAUCGAAUCUCAGAACUUGCCUCCUAUGACGGAGCAUCAACCGAUUACUCGAGAUCGAGUUCUGGAUUGGACUGCUGCUGCUACCACUUCAUCGUCAUUCGACAAUUUCUCCUCUCAGCAUAUGUGGGAGUAUCUAAGCUGGGGUGAAAGCAAUGAUCUUUGGCCGGAGUUGUACACCAAUCUCGAUCCUCAGGAUAGUCAGAUUGAGGGUGCGGAUUUCUUCAAUUCUAACUAGUGUAUACUUUUGCUUACAAACAGACUAUUGACCCAAAUACCGAUACUUCAACGGAGCAGAACUCUCAUCAAGUCCCGUAACUAUAACCACCUGCUCAUCACCGGGAACAAUAUCCAUAGCACUAUCACUAAGCCGCACGUUAUCCCUCUCUUCAAAUACAAGACAUUUCACGGGCCUUUGUGCGCUGAUUUUGAGGAUCUGUUGCUUCUCUCCGGUUGAUGAUGUUCUUGUUUCUGGUUUUACUUCCAGUCCACGGUCUGAGAAAUCGAGGUAU